AUGUGGUUGUUCAGGACAUUGGCAAUAAGCGCCCUCGGUGGCGUGGCCGUUGCUCAAGACUUGACCACAAUACUCACGAACACACCCGCGUUGUCCAACCUGUUGUCCUACCUUGAACUGUUCCCAUCCCUCACGACGACAUUAGGGUCUCUUCAGAACAUCACUAUCCUCGCACCGAACAACAAUGCGUUUGCGAGGCUGUUAAACUCCUCGGCGGGGGCUGCCCUGGUUCAGAACGACACCUCGGCGAUCCAAGCACUGCUUACCUACCACGUCUUGAAUGGGACCUAUACCGAUUUUAGCGACAAGCAGUUCAUUCCCACUCUUCUGGAACCAUCUCAAUUUACCAAUGUGACUGGUGGGCAAGUGAUAGAAGCAAUUUCCAACAAGGACCAGGUUGCCUUCGUCUCGGGGCUGCUCAACGGCGCAAGUGUCAGCGGAGACCCCGUCGACUUUACCGGUGGCAUUGUUCACAUUAUCGACGACGUCUUGACCGUCCCGCAGAGCAUCUCGGACACGGCGAUUCAACUCAACCUCUCCGCUGCUGCCGGAGCUCUCAUCAGUGCCAAUCUGGUAACAACGGUCGACACCCUGUCUGACGUGACCUUGUUCGUACCCAACAACGAGGCAUUCCAGGCGAUCGGCUCUGCUUUGCCCAAUCUGACCACGCAAGACUUGUCCUCAAUCCUGCAGUAUCAUCUGGUCCAAGGCGCUGUCGGCUACAGCACUCUGCUGCGGACCGGCACGGUGAAGACGGUGCAAGGCAACGACCUGACUGUCACGAUCGAGAAUGAGGAGGUCUUCGUUAACAGCGCGAGAGUCGUUGUCCCAGAUGUGCUCGUCGCGAAUGGCGUGGUUCACGUCAUUGACAGCGUGCUGAAUCCCAACAACACCACUGCGAUGCCCAAUCCAUCCCAAGAGUCCGGAUUGACGGCAUUCAGCGGUGCGAGCUCUGCCAGCAAUAUUCCCUUCACCUCUGAUGUGCCGACGCCAACAAGUACCACUCCGGGUCAGUCAGCCACAGGGGCAACUGCGACAUCAAGUAGCAGCUCCGGGGCAGCGGCACCCGUAAGAACUGGGGUAUUGGGUGCAGGGGCCUUAUUUGGUGGUGCUCUCCUGGUCUUGAACCUGUAG